UCACCGCCCAGCCUUCAAGCCCUCUCCUGAGGCUUACAUAAUCAAUCUACAGGACCGCCCCGCCCACUUUCUCCUCCUCCAAAUAGGCCUCGAACCGAAACUGCAAAACAGUUUCAACUCUAAACAAGCAAGCGCCAACAUCCCUUUGAUCCCACUCGCUGCCCCGCACGCCGAAAGCAAUCCCAUAUUAGCGUGGCAACAAUGAUUUUCGACAAGUUAAAAAAGUUGAACAUCGUUUUCGACGCCCCGGACUUGGACUGUCCUCCCGUGUACAGCAGCGGGGACGUGGUAUCCGGGCGUGUGGUGGUGGAGCUCACCGGGGAGAGCCGCGUGGAUUCCCUGAAGCUCCACGCCGAAGGUUUCGCUAAAGUUCACUGGACAGAGUCUCGCUCGGCCGGCUCCAGCACCGCUUACACGCAGAACUACAGCGACGAAGUGGAGUACUUAAACCGGAGAGAAGUGCUGCUGCAGGCAGAUAAUGGCGAAGUGACCAUCCUUCCUGCUGGCAGACAUGAAUUCCCUUUCAGUUUCCAGCUGCCAGAGGAGACACUGGUCACCUCCUUUGAGGGGAAACAUGGUAGCAUUCGUUACUGGGUCAAAGUCAAGCUACACAGACCCUGGGCCACCGUCAGGAAGAUAAAAAAGGAGUUUACUGUCAUUGAGCCCAUUGACAUAAACACACCAGCAUUACUUGCACCACAGGCUGGAACAAAGGACAAGAUGGCACGGACGUGGUACCGAAACUUUGGACAAGUUUCUGUCACAGCAAAGAUUGACCGCAAAGGUUAUACACCAGGUGAAGUCAUACCCGUUUUUGCUGAGUUUGACAACUCUACUUCGCGGUCGAUUGUGCCCAAAGCGUACAUCACUCAGACUCAGACGUUCAUCGCUCGUGGUACCAUGAAGCAGAAGCGGUCAGUGGUGGCCACUCUGAGCGGUGACGUGGUAGGCGCCAGGUGCAGAGAGACCUGGCACGGUCGGGCUAUCAAGAUCCCGCCCGUGGGUCCGUCCAUCCUUCAGUGCCGCAUCAUCAAAGUGGAAUACAUGUUAAAGGUGUGCGUUGAUGUCCCUGGAACCUCCAAGCUGUUUCUUGAGCUGCCUUUAGUCAUUGGCACAAUUCCACUCCAUCCGUUUGGAAGCAGGACUUCUAGCGUUAGCAGCCAGUACAGCGUCAAUCUGGAAUGGCUGCGUAUGGCCAUCCCGGAGCAGCCUGAGCCUCCUCCAGAGUACAGCUCUGUUGUGGCGGAGGGGGAGGCCGAGCAGUGCGGCGGCAACAACAACAGCAACAACGCGGCGGCUCCUCAGCCGGCCGAAGAUCUGAGCGGGAUCCUCGAGCGUCCCCUCAUGGCUUUUGUGCAGGAGUUCCGCUUCCGCCCUCCGCCUGUGUACAGUGAGGUUGACCCCAACCCUCAGCCUUUCAACAUGAGGCCUCGCUGCAUGACGUGCUGAACUGCAAGACCCUGCCUGAGAGUCAAGCGAUUUAGAUUAAUCCCAUGAAUCAGGAGUUCUACCUGAUUCUUCCUCUUUGAAAAGUGGCACCUGGUGUUACCUGUGUCACUGAGAGACUGCGGUGAACGCCACCGUGAAAGUUGGCGGCGCCGCCACCACCGGGGGCUUAGACAGAGGAGCGACCCCCCGUUUUGUUUCCAGUCUUUACAUGGACUCUUUGCGGUUCUGCUAAGAUGGAAGCAGUGGCUAUGCAUCAGUGAUUUUUAUUUAUAUGUUUUAAAAUCCUGGUGACGUGAGCUACAAACACUUCCUAAUCAACAAUUCCUUCGCCUGCAUUGAGAUUUGAGGAAUUUGGGACACGUUGAAAGUGUGAGGUCAAGUGUCAAGUGCCUUGCUGUAAAUUGACAUGUUUACAAUCACGUUGUCAUUUUUAAAUGGUGUAAAGAGAAGUGCAAUUAUUGUUCAGUCUCUACGUCCCUUUUACCAGGCUACACAAUGAAAGCCGAUAUUAAUGGUUAACCAAGCACAUACUGUAAAUGAAAGUGUAAUGAUGGUUGGAAAGAGAGAUGUGUUUUAUGCAUGCAGUAAGAAAUCUGUAAAAGGGAAAACCUUAAACAUCUGUUGUUAAAGAGGAAGUUGUUAGGACAAAAAAAAAGAACAAAAACAGUUGUGUUGCGCAACAUUGAAAUGCCAGAUAGUUAGUGGAUGUUGAGUUUUGUUAGCACAAAGUAAAAAGAAAAAGAGCUGUUAGUUUUUAUAAGUGCACAAAGCUUACUGAUAAGCUCCCCUAGCUGCUAAUAAAGAGGAGGCGACGCAGACCUCUGAAAGUUGGUAGCUUUUGAUGGGAGCCAGAUGCCUUCUUGGUCUGAACCACCUUGGGAAGAUCAACCAGAACACACUUAAAAUGAGCUUUAAGCCGGAGUUGCCUCUGGAGUGUAUGGACAAAGAACAUUCCAAAUGCUACUCUGGGAUUAUGACUUUUCCUCAUUUUCCAAAAAUGUAAAACGGUAAUGAGUAGGAAGUCUUCAGGGUCAGCUAUAUCAUGCUAUUGUCAUGCAUGGAACAUGCAAUGAAUGUACUUGUGUACAAAUAUUAAUGUUGGAUCACAAUCUUACCAAAGUUUGUUAUUAUUUUUUUUUCAAAUAAACAAUGCUGAAUUAACAUUG